GCGCCGCCCCCCAUGCUGCUGCAGUCCCCCCGCGGGCCCAGAGGCCACCCACAGUUGAUGGGCCGCGGGCUUCCGUCCGGACCGCCGCCGCUCGCCCCGGCGCCGCACACACCGACUCGGAGUGCUAGCGGGGGGCCGCCCAUGAUGGGCCCGCUCGGCCCGCUCCCGCUGGGCGCCGUGAUCCGCCAGCAGCAGCCGGGCGCCGCCGGACAGGGCGCCACCGUGGGAGCCUCGCUGCACUCGUCCAACGACAGCGGCUUCAGCAACGAGCCGCCCGCCGCCCCCGAGAUCGACUACUCGGACGACGAGCCUUCCAGGGGCGGCGACUCCACUCCGAGGGCCAACGGCUCCCCGUCGGACUCACCCCGGGGCUCCGGCUCACCGAGGGGCUCACCGGGCAGCGAGGAGCGCGCGCUGUCCAACGUGAAGGGCUGGCUCCUGUACAAGUCGGCGCUCGACCUCUGGGACGACGUCGAGGCCCAGCGGGAGCACCGCGGCGGCCGCGCGCCCCCGUGCUGGCUGCGGCCGCAGAUCUUCUCCCCCGAGCGCUGA